AACGCCGGUCAAGGGUAGGGUAGCCUCGAAAGCCUUUUCAUGUUGCUUGUAAAGUCUAGGGUCAAUUCCUAGUUUCGGUAAAAUAUAUGCCGGGACAAAUGUAUAAUAAAUAGCUUUAACAACCUCAAAAACGGAAAGGCGUGAUUCUGUGACCGGGCAAAUACAUUGCUUAUAAAAAAUGCUCAAAUGUCUAUACUCAAAACGUGUAAAUACAGCUCUUGUAAUUUGUGCUUUCGACCGCGUAUAAAGUAUUUAGUUCAUUUAAGUACUUGUAUAUAGAAGUAACAUGUGAUUCCAGUCGAAAAACGGAUACAGUGCAAUAGAAUUUUGUGAUGAUACAGGAAUAAUGAUUUUUGUAGUGUAAGAUUUUAGCCACUGUCAGAACGAAUGCACACCAUGGAGGAGAAAAAGCCUCGCUUCGGAGGCUCCAAGGUCUCAGAGAUCGCUAACAUUUUCCAGGCGAGAACACCAUCUGGAGAUUUUGCAGCACCAGUACUUCGGAAAACUCACCAGAAACCUUUGGAAAAGCUAGUCAGUACAGAGAAAGUUGAUGAUAACACUCCGGUAACAGUGAUGCGCACAGAAUCCCAUGUAACGAGGUUCAACAAUGCCAGGGCACUUUUUGAAAAGUUAGGGGAAGAAAACAAGAGAGACAGUAGAGUUAAUCCCCUCCAAACAACUAAAAGUACAUCCUGCGUACCGGAUGUCACCAAUAGGAGUAGAAGCAGCAGUGCGAACAGUGAAACCAGAGAGACCAAAUCACAUGGAGGAUCAAGGUCGCCAUCCCCUACAAAUCAAGGUUUUGCCGAUACAUUUAGCAACAGUGUGCCAAUGUUGAACAACAAUAGAAAUGGAAUUUCGGGAACCACAACAAAUACUAAUGUCGCAAAAUCAAUUUAUAAAACGAGUUACUCCACAUCUGAAGAAAAAAUGAAAGUUGAAGAAAGGAGUCCAAAGCCUGCCCUAAUGAAGAAACCUGAUAAACUUGAAAAAGUGGACAGACCUGAUAAACCCGAAAGGCGUUUUAACAGCAAAGAGCUUAUUGAGAGGCAAAAGAAUUGGACGUCUCACUUCUCCAAAAAUAAUAGUAGGAGUAGUAGAUAUAAUAGUGACCCGAAUAAAUCCGAAGCCAAACUGGCAUCAACGAACGGCAACAAGGAACAUGCUGCUCAAGACACAAAAUCCAGUGCCAUAGCCUCUCGAAGCGCGUCGUUCACUUCGAGUAGGCUGACAUCUCCUCCGACCUCACCACCCAUACCGCCAGUGAGGACGGAAGCUUCCAAGAGGUCUAACUUCGUGAGGAAAGAAAGACCAGCAUCUGUAAUACCCAGUCCUGCGGAUUACAAUGCUUCCGCGGGGUAUGCCAGUCCUACGAGGAGCCCUCUGAGGUCGCCAAUGAGAGACGAGGAUCAGUCGAGGAAUAGGUCUAGUUUGAUCCUGUCUUCCCCAGACAACGAUAUCGACCGAGAUCUCGACUUAGUUGGUAGGAAUAAAGAAAACGAAGUGCCAGUGAGAAAAAGACUGUUUAGGGAAUCCAGUAGUCCUGAUAGGGAUGCUAAGGAUGCCAUACGAAAAUCUCCCUUGGAGGAGAGGGAAUCUAGUCGUGAAAACUUAUCUGCUGCUUCAGGUAGUUUAUCUUCCCUGAGUCCUCCCAGUAGUCCUGGGAAAUUGAGAUCGGAGCAAGAGAAACAGGAACAAGAGGCAAAUGAAAAAUGUACAUUCGAUACUCCCGAGUCGAGACGUAGCAAACCAGAUGCAGAAUCGCCUAGAUCAUCUGAAGAUGGAAGUCGAACAAGGACAUCAGCGAAAGCUUCAACGGUGUGCCUCAACUUGCCUGCUGCUGGUUUGGGAAAAAGACCGGCUUCUUUGGUUAGCUCUGCUACAUCGGAUAGUGAAGGUGGCUUCACCGAGCCUUCUCCUCGAGUUGAAGCCCGAUUAAGGCCACACGAAGAUUCUCCUGCUCCGCUACAACCAUCUGGAGGAAUUGGCUCUCCUCCAGAGGAGGAUAUUCAAGAAUACAGUGAAGGUCCACCACUUUUAGAAGAAGAAGAACCUCCACCUCCUCCACUAGUACCAAGACUGACUCAAGCUCAAGUGGAAGCCCUGUAUGCAGUGCCAUGCAAACCUCAUGCCAAGGUACGCAAACCAAUUAUGAAAAAAAAAUUACGAGCAAUAAAAAAAUAGAGUCAGUGGCAUGUAUUACAAAUAAAGGUCCACUUGUUCGGCCAGCGGUUGGGGAGAAAUUUUACCUCUGACUGUCAUACUGGAAAUAUGUACUUUAAUAAUCAAAAUACAUAGUGAUGUAAUUUUAAUAGACAAGAAUGUUAAAUUACAAAAAAUGGAUUGAAGAAAAAUAUGUAACCGAAUUAUUAUACAAAAUUGAC